AUGGCCCGCCCGGUGCUCCUGCUCAGCCUCGGCCUCCUGGCCGGCCUGCUGCCGGCGCUGGCCGCCUGCCCCCAGAACUGUCACUGCCACGGUGACCUGCAGCACGUCAUCUGCGACAAGGUGGGGCUGCAGAAGAUCCCCAAGGUGUCAGAGAAGACCAAGCUGCUCAACGUACAGCGCAACAACUUCCCGGUGCUGGCUGCCAACUCGUUUCGGGCCAUGCCGAACCUCGUGUCGCUGCACCUGCAGCACUGCCAGAUCCGCGAGGUGGCCGCCGGCGCCUUCCGCGGCCUCAAGCAGCUAAUCUACCUGUACCUGUCCCACAACGACAUCCGCGUGUUGCACGCUGGUGCCUUCGACGACCUAACCGAGCUCACCUACCUCUACCUGGACCACAACAAGGUGACUGAGCUGCCCCGGGGGUUGCUCUCCCCACUCGUCAACCUUUUCAUCCUGCAACUCAACAACAACAAGAUCCGCGAGCUGCGCGCAGGCGCCUUCCAGGGCGCCAAGGACCUCCGCUGGCUCUACCUGUCAGAAAAUGCGCUCAACACCCUGCAGCCUGCUGCUCUGGACGACGUGGAGAACCUUGCCAAGUUCCACCUGGACAGGAAUCAGCUGUCCAGCUACCCCUCCGCUGCUCUGAGCAAGCUGCGGGUGGUGGAGGAGCUGAAGCUGUCCCACAACCCCCUAAAGAGCAUCCCUGACAAUGCCUUCCAGUCCUUCGGCAGAUACCUGGAGACCCUUUGGCUGGACAACACCAACCUGGAGAAGUUCUCAGAUGGUGCCUUCCUGGGUGUGACCACACUGAAACAUGUCCAUCUGGAGAACAACCGCCUGAGCCAGCUGCCCUCCAACUUCCCAUUUGAAGGCCUGGAGACCCUCACGCUUACCAACAACCCCUGGAAGUGUACCUGCCAGCUCCAGGGCCUUCGGCGGUGGUUGGAAGCCAAGACCUCCCGCCCAGAUGCCACCUGCAGCUCACCCUCCAAGUUCAGGGGUCAGCACAUCCGGGACACAGCUGCCUUCCGCGGCUGCAAGUUCCCCACCAAGAGGUCCAAGAAAGCUGGCCGCCAUUAAAGAGGUGGGAAGCUCCCCCACUCCACUCUCUGGAGAUUCCAGCAAGUGAGGAGGGUGUCCCAGGAUACUCCCUCCCCCAGACCAGACUCUCCAUUUCUGCAGGGAGAGGAGGGGAGGACUGGGCCCCAGUUAAGGGAGGAAAUGAUUCCGCCCAGGACACCCUCUAUC